CAACUUGUUACUUCUUCUUCUUCUUCAGUUCAAUCCUUAUACCUUGAACCUUUCUUGAUUUCGGAUUUUCCAAUGGACAUGGAUGGAUCAACGUCGUCAACAUCAACGUCUUUCCAUGAUUUUCUCCAUCGCAUGCGACACCCUGCUUCCCUUAACCUCGUACGACCCAUCAAGAGCUUCAUUGUAUCAUUUUCAUUUUACCAACCGAAACCUGAAAAUGAUGCAAAUAGAGUUCAAGACUUCUUUCUAUCAAUGGAAGUUGCAAUCAGAGAUCAUCCACUGUGGGCCACUGCUACUGAAGAAGACAUUGAUUGUGCGAUGGAGGGUUUAGAGAAAUAUAUAAUGACUAAAUUGUUCUCCCGGACAUUCUCUGCUUCUCCUGAGGAUGCAAAGAUUGACCAUGAAAUCUCCGAGAAAAUAUGCUUGCUCCAAACCUUUCUGAAGCCUGAACAUUUGGAUAUACCAGCAAUUCUUCAUAAUGAAGCUUCAUGGCUGCUUGCAGAAAAAGAAUUGCAGAAAAUCAAUGCUUUCAAAGCUCCCCAUGAGAAACUCUUGAGCAUUAUGAAUUGCUGCAGGGUCAUCAACAAUCUAUUACUCAACACUGCAAUAUCUGAGCAUGUGCCAGCUGGGGCUGAUGACUUUCUCCCUGUGCUCAUAUAUGUCACUAUCAAGGCAAAUCCUCCAAAAUUGCAUUCUAACCUCAAAUUCAUCAAGUUGUACAGAAGGCAAGCAAAACUUAUCUCAGAAGCUGAAUAUUAUUUCACAAAUCUUGUGUCAGCCAAGACAUUUAUAUUGGACUUAAAUGCUAAGUCCCUUUCAAUGGAUGAAAUCAAAUUUGAGGAGAGCAUGCAAGCAGCCAAAUUGACCUAUAAUGUCACAAGUAAAUUAUCCUCUACGUGUCAAAUGAGCCAGCAAGGGAAGAAUGAGUGCAAUUUUUCAAACAAAAUGCACAACAAACUUGAUGAUACUGGAGUUUGUCAAGCCCUGCAACAUGGAUCUAAUUAUCCAUACAUGGAAGCAAAAAGUGAAGAGCUAGCAGUUGAAGAUGUGGACAUAUUAUUAAGUCACUACAAGGAUUUAGUUGCUAAGUACACAACCCUGUGUAAAGCUAUCAAUUCCCUUACAAAACAAGAGAGAGAACCACUCCUUCAUCAUCUAGAAAUGCAAGGAGCAGGAAGUCUGCUUUCACAGCACUGUGGAAUCAACACCCACAAAUGAUCAACCCAUGUCCAGAAAAAUUGCAUAUAUGUGUAUAUAUAUUUAUGCAAUUACUAUUUUGGCAUGUUUACUUAAGAUCAUGUAAUAUUUAUGUAGAAAAUCAGGAUUAGAAUCUUUCUGUUUUUAUUUGGGAUGCAAUCAUAUCCCUGAUUAAUAGCCUAUUAAGCAGAGAUUUAUUUUUUCCUAUAAUAGGGAUUUGAAUUUGUUUCUGUUUUUUCUCAUUUACUCUUGUAUAAAUUAUUGAUAGGAUACCCGCAAUAAGGGUGCAAUUUAGAAAAAGGUAUAGAGGAUUAUUCUCUAAUGCUGAGUCAGCAAGGUUGUUAGAAAAGAAUAUUAUGUAAGGUGUAAAGGAGGAUUCUGUUAGCAACGUGAAACAAAUCAUGAAAUGGGAAUAAAUAGAGAAAACGAGGAGUGAGAAGGGGGAGACUGGAUUUUGGAAUUGGACUUGGGAGAGAGCGCACCUCUCGAAUGUGUUGCACCUUUGGCUGUUCUAGUUAUCACAUUGUAAUAGCUUUAUUUUCUGCAUUUCGUUUCUUUCUCUUUUCUUUACUGUAAUUGUGUUUCUUCUUCAAUAUA